AUGUAUUUAUUUGGUAGUGAGGUUGUUGUGAUCAAAUUUAGCAAUAAUAUGGAGGGGACAAUACAAUGUAAACAUUGUCUCUCAGAUAUUCCAAAAGUUAAUAGGGUCUGUAAUGUUUGCAACUCAGAUGUCGGUGAAAGGUGUUGGAGAUGCAAUUAUUUAGGAAAAGUAAAUUCUAAAUUUUGUUUUAGAUGUAACGUUAAACUUCACCCAAACUCAAUACCAUCAAAAAACUCAAUUCAGCCAAUCCCAAUAUUUUCAAAAUAUCAGCUUUCAUCCACCCUAUUAAUAAAUAAACUUAUUUUACCAAAUCCUAUUGAUGAAGAAUUUAAAAAUGAUGAAGAAAUUAAUGGCGCUGAAAUUACAUCAAAAAUAGAUAAUAACAAUCAAAAUAAAGAAAACAAUAGCCAAAAAUAUCAGCAACAAAACUCUGUCGUCUCUACAUCACCAAUAUUAAGAUCAUCCUCACCAAUUAAAAAUAUAAUCAAUGAUAUUAAUAGUAGAACCAAGGAUUAUGAAAAAUUAAAUUUAAAUUAUAUAGCUGUUAAAAAAAACUCACCCAAUAGCUCAUCAACAAAUUUAAAUACAUAUAUAGUAAAUAACAAAAACAAUAUUAAUUCACCAAAUACUUCAACAUCAAGCCUAUCAAAUCUUUUAUCAAACAGUACCAAUAAAAUUUUAAAUAAUAAAAACAAUGAUGAAAAUGUAACAGUUUCAUCAGCGAUAUCACAAACUAAUAAUAGUAUCAGUAAUAUUAAUAUUAGUAACAAUAAUAUAAAUAUGAAUGUAAAUAUAAAUAAUAUAAGUAAUACAAGUAAUAUAAAUAAUAAAAACAAUGAUAGAGCAUCUACGGAAAUAUCAGAAACUGAAAACCUUAUAUCCUCUUCAAGCGCUUUUAAAAAACCCAAAUUUUUACAUAACAAAACAAGUAGUAAUAAUAACAAUAUUAAUAACAAUAAUAAUGACAUCAAUAACAAUGAUAAUAAUGAUGACAAUAAAAUAUCAGAAAAAAUUAUUGAAAAUAUUGAAAUUAGAGAUCAAGAAAAUGAAAGUGUAUUAAUUACAAAUUUAUUAACAGACAAACCAAUAAACAAUAAUUUUUCAAACAGUAUAGAAAUACUCCACAAUAGUUUAAAUAAUAGUGUAAAUAACCACCUUAACAAUUGUUUAUUAAAACUAAACCUAAAUGACUGUGAUAAUAAAAAAACCAAUCAAAGCUACAACACUGCACUUUUAGACGAAAUUAUUGACGCCUUUCCAUCACCACCAUCAAAAAGCCCAUUAUUAUCAAUUUCAAACAGUAGUGGACAUAGCAAAAAAAACUCAUCUAGCCAUCAACCAGUUAUAUCAUUACCUAUUCCAAUAAUCAAUAAUAACAUUAGUAGCAACAAUAUUAAUAAUAACAAUAACAAUAAUAAUAUAAACAAUAAUAUAAAUAGUUUAAAUAUAACAUCAACAAUUAACAAUCCAACCAUUACAAAUACAUUAACUAACCAACAAUUACAAUCAACAACGUAUAAACCUAAACCAAAAUAA